AUGCAAUCCAUUUCUCUUCCUCAUCUCUUCUUAAUCCUCAACAGCAACAAUGUCCGGAUCCAAAGUUUACGUCGGUGCGUACACCCACAACACCCCUCCCCCGCAAUCACUCGUCUAGUGCAUCGUUCGAGGAUAUUCCAUACCUUCUCUGCCUCCCGAUCGUGGUACAGCGGAGGAGAAGUAGCAUACUCGCCGCGCCCUUGUCCCUCGAACGAUGCAUAUCCUCGUCUCAACAUCAUGAUAGUUCCGACCGGUUUCCUGACUCGGGCUCCUAGGCAACCUCUCUUGGAACACCACCGAUGAUAUCCUCCACCAGGUUCGCUUCCGUCUCUCGUCGUGUCUUGUUCUGUGCUCAUGUAGUCAUCUCGUCUCACUCUAUGCCUGGCUCGCUGCAUGUCCGUCGUACGCACACGUCUCGCUCUCCAUAUGGCUCGUUGGCUCCGCUGUCAUUGCUGCUUCAUGCCUGUCUCAAACACCUUGUCAAUGCACUGUUGUCGCAAGUAGACCUUCGGCGCCUACGGUACCGUCACCGACUGCAUCGUCAUGAAGGACCGUGAGACCGGUCGAUCCCGAGGUUUCGGUUUCGUCACCUACGGUACCCCCCAGGAGGCUGAGGCUGCUAUUGCUGCCAUGAACGAGCAGGAGCUCGACGGCCGACGUGUCCGAGUCAACCUCGCCAACUCUCGAGGUGCCGGUGGUGGUGGUGGUGGCUACGGUGGUGGCUACAACUCUGGCUACGGUGGCGGUUACGGUGGUGGCCAGGGCGGCUACGGCGGCCAGGGUGGCUACGGUGGUGGCCAAGGCGGCUACGGUGGUGCCCAGCAGGGUGGUUACCAGUCCGGCGGCUACGGUGGCCAGGGCGGCUACGGUGGCGGUCAGGGCGGUUACGGUGGCCAGCAGGGUGGCUACCAGUCCGGCGGCUACGGUGGUGAGCAGCAAGGCGGCUACGGCGGUCAGGACCAGGGUGCUUCCUACGGUGGCGGCUACGGCGGUGCCCAGGGCGGUUACGGUGGCGGCUACUAAGCGGUCCCAUCCCCUUCCCCCCUUUCGCUUUCUUCUUUCUCUGUAAACAAAUCUCCAAAAGUUUAAAUCAAAAGUCCUCGAAAAGCCCAAAUGAAUUAGUUCUUUUCUGCUCGUAGUUUUCAUUUGAUCAAAGUUAAAAUCAAGAGUUUCCCAUUUGUACCAAUCAGUCUGUGUAGUUUCUGCGACUUUCCUCUUCUCUCCUUCCGUUCUAGUUCGUGCGUGGUUUCGAGUACUGGAACGCUAGGGUCGGUUUGCGAUGUAUCAUGGGUGAC